UCCCCCAUCAGCCGCCAUGGAAUUAACCAUGGACAACAUCCCAAACUUCCCCCUUCAUCGUUCACAAACUAAUAACCACAAUAUAUCUGCUUCUUCAUCAGUCCUUGGCGACAUCGACGCCGACGACCAGAGCACUAUUUCAACUCAUAUAACACCACAGGACGAUGAAAAGCCCAACAAAAAGUUGAACGAUCCUGACAGCAAUGACAAGGGGUCAUCAGGCAAGAAGCCUCGUCAUCGUCAUAGUCCAACUCAGCUCGCUGCUCUCAAUGAACUCUAUGAGAAAACUGAGCAUCCCAGCCUCGACGACAGGACAGAACUAGCUGAGAAGCUUGGAAUGGAAACGAAGACUGUUAAUGCCUGGUUUCAAAACAAGAGAGCUUCUACUAAGAAGCGCAAUAAACCAGCUGCAUCUGCUUCCACUGACGCACCGCCCCAAAAAAGUCCAUCAUCAACGCUUCCAUCAAUAGCAAACCUUUUAAACUCCUCACCACCGCCACCCUCACGUCAUCCUUCAUCCCGCUCCCAUCCUUCAUCAUCAUCACAGCAGUCUUUUGCCCCCGAAUUCUUGCCACAAGAUCGGUUUGUUCCUGAGAACCAAACUCGAGAUAGCGAUCGGCAGCAUGCCGUGUAUGCCGAGAGGGGCCACUUUGUACCCGACGCGGAUAGCCGCUUUGUAUCCGAGAAUGACGGCGCCAGUGAUGGUGUUACGUCUCGAAAGGGCAGAGGCGAACCAGCUCGCAAUAGAACAACCCCUGAGCAAGCUGACGAGCUUCGUCGUGCAUAUGCAUCAAAUGCACAUCCAACCAAGGAAGACCGAAGAGAACUCGCUGAGCGAAUUGGCAUGCGCCUUCAAAGCGUGACAAAUUGGUUCCAGAACCAGCGGACCCAGGCCAGGAAACAUAAAGAAGACCACCAUCCCUUCACGUCUUCUUCAUCGACAACUGCAGAUGGAUCGUCCUCUGUCCCAUCUCACCCAUCCUCUGUUAUCGAUGAUGAUCACGGAGUUCCAUUGGCUCAUCUGAGCUUUCCUCCAAGAGCACCUCAUCCAUCCCUUGUCCCCGAUCGUCACCUACCUCUUCCAUCGCUUCCCUUUCUCAAGUUAUCUCCACCCGAAUUCGAUGAAGUGAAGGUACCGCGGAGCCGAAUGUCUUUGCCACCAUCUUCGAACCCUCGUCUUACUUCGCCUCGCUCGCGAAGAAGCGUCACCCCAUACACAAGGGACCGCGAGGAGGUGCCGCAGACUAAUGAGGGAAUUAAAGGCGAGGACACGCAUGCUCGUCCUCGCCGCUCUCGCCCUGAGCCAUACCAGCUGGAGGCGCUCAAAAAACUGUUGCAUCGUACGUCGACGCCAAGUAUUGAGCAAAGGAAUGCGCUUGCGCUCGAAGUUGGAAUGGAUAUCGGUAAAGUCACAAACUGGUUCCGCAAUAUUCGCCAGACCGCGCGCAAGCGAGCUAAACGGGCUGGUGUUCCACUUCCUCGCGCCCCCAGGGGCCGCGGAUAUCAAUAUAAUUUCUCUCGCGAAACUUCUUCGGGCUCAUCUUCCCAAGAGGAAGAUGAAGACGACGCAAUGGAUCUGGAUGACGAGGACACGAUGGAUUUUGAUGUGGACGAGCGCAGCGAGGAAGACUUCCAGGAGGCGGUGACACCUGGCAUGUCACCUUCUCCCCCUCCGCAAAAACGCAUUCGGACACAUGUCCCACUCCCGAUGCCUCGUGGCGUGGGCAGCAUGGGUGUCGAGAGCAUGGGCGUGGGACUCAUUGAGCCCGCCGCAUUUCAAGAGCUUGGGAUGGCUGUGGGAAUGUCUGCAGGACCUAGCGAGUAUGUCGAUGCAGAGGGGGUGCACGCUACAUCGUUUCCCGGUGUGAAGAUCGAAGAUGCCUUGCUAUUAUUGAGCUUUCAUCAGCAUGUUGUGCAUUAGAUUACUGAUUACCGUUCAGAGUUAUUUAUGUCAGCAACACAAAGUGUUUCAAGUCCUGCCCACCAAGUGUAUCGACUACCAUUAUCCAUUUCGCGUGUUUCAGUUUUCCGCAGUCGAUCUUCGCUUCUUCAUCACCAUCAUCCCAUGAUAUUGCAUACCGCAUGGAUGCGUCCAUAUCCAUUAUUGUUGCUUAAUUGCCUAUAUUUUUGGUUUCUUGCCAUCAUUUUCAAAGCGCAUCCCACCUCAAUGCGUACAAGAUUCGAUCUUAUCUCUCUGUACUGGCACAAUUUGUACGUUUUCCUAUUUAAACAAAUAUGUUGCGGUGCAUAAGUAUCUAGUUGAUAUUUGUAUGUUCGUUUGUCGUAGAUAA